AUGCCACGACCAAAGCGCAACCUCCUCGCGACCAUUGACUCGACCAUCACACCGCCUGAUACGCUCGCACCCGGUCACUACAUUGCGCGCAUCACCACAGCUGCGGGGAACAACCUCUACAACGCGGAGCUUCCAGACGGCAAGCUAGUCCUUGCUGAGCUCGAGGCCAAGUUCCGCUCGACGGUAUGGAUCAAGCGUGGUAGCUAUGUUGUCAUUGAUACGUCAGCCUUGGCGGAUCGCGACAACAAGCUCGAUGGGGAGAUUGUGAAUGUUGUUAGAGACGAGAAGGCCUGGAGGAAGAUGACAUACUGGCCCAAAGAAUUCGUAAAGAAGUCUACAUAUGUCGAGGACAGUGACGAAGAGGAAUCGACUGUCGGAAAGAUGCCGCCCACCGACUCGGACGAGGACUGA